AUGGGUGAUAACGUUGAAGAUACCAGCUUAACAGAUGUUGUUGUGGCACAACCCGUAAUCGCCGAUCAGAAUGAGCUAAUCAUGCAGUUGAUGCAACAGAUAGCUGAGAUGCGGGUCGAGAUGCAGAGAAGGCAAGAUUUGCCCAAUCCAGCUUUUGCAUCCAAUACUCCAACAGAUGGAAGGCCUCCACUUCACUUUCCUUCUUUAAACACGGAACAGGCUCAAAACCCACCAUCUAGUCUUGCUCAUAACCCAUCAAUUAUCAACCUGACCGCUCAAAACCCCCAAUAUGCCUCCGCCUCCCAUCAGACAGCACACCCUCCCCAAAAUACCAACUUCCAAGUACCACCCCCUCCUCACAAUCCCGACCUCCAAGUACCACUUUCCCCCCAAAAUGUCAACCUCCAAACUGUUCCACCCCCUCAAAUCCAACAUAUUAACAACCAGCAAACUUCCUUCCGUCACCAAGACCAACACACCAACCCCCAAACUUUCCCCCAAAACUACCAAACCACCCCAAAUGCCCAAAGUCCCUCCAUUGCUCCACCCCUACCCCAAAAAGCAAUGUUCCAAAUCCCCGUCCCCAAUGAGCAUGACGCCAAUGGUUCUGAGCUCGACCAUUAUGAAGAACGGGAGAGAGAGUGGAGGUCAAAGGAAGAGGCCGCCAAGCUGGACAUGAAAGAAGAAAUUCGGAAAGCCAUGAAGGAAUUACAGUGUAUUCCUGAAGUCGCCGGUUUGAAUUAUGAAGACCUAUGCAUUCAUCCCAACUUGGACUUUCCGGAAGGAUUCAAGGUGCCGAAGUUCGAUGUUUUCGGAGGAACAGGGAACCCUCUGGCACAUUUGAGGGCCUACUGUGACCAACUCGUGGGAGUUGGAAGGGAUGAAGCUUUAUUGAUGCGGCUUUUUAGCCGGAGUCUUAAUGGAGAGGCUCUGGAAUGGUUCACCUCGCAUGAGACAAGACAAUGGUCCAGCUGGAAUGUUUUAGCUAAAGAUUUUAUCGAACGAUUCGCUUACAAUGUGGAGAUCGUUCUUGACCGUUAUUCCCUAGAGAAGAUGAAGCAGAAGUCAAAUGAAAGCUACAGAGAAUUCGCGUAUAGGUGGAGAAAGGAGGCAGCCAGGGUUCGACCUCCUAUGUCGGAGAAAGAAAUUGUUGAAGUGUUUGUGCGGGUUCAAGAACCCGAGUAUUAUGACAGAAUCAUGUUGCUCGUGGGAGCGAAAUUCGCCGAGAUAGUCAAGGUAGGUGAAACUAUCGAAGAUGGAUUGAGAACCGGGAAGAUUGCUCGUGUUGCUGCAUUGCCCGGAUCUUCGGCAAAUUACCAAGUUCCUCCCCAAACAUACCAAACCCCAGUUCCACUUUACCAAAAUACCCUACCGAACUGCCAAGCUCCACAGCCUAAUUACCAAACCCACUCAUAUCCCAGAUAUCAAACCCCCCGCCCAAAUGCUCCGAAUUAUCGUCAAAUGCCUCCUCCUCAACAAGGCAAUUACGAUCCCCCUCGUCCUAGAUUUGAGAAGAAGCCAGCCAGAACUUUCACUCCGCUUGUUGAAAGCCGCACAAAGUUGUUCGAGCGAUUAAACGCGGCAGGCUAUAUUUAUCCAGUGGGGCCCAAACCGGUUGACACCAGCUCAAAGUUUUAUAGACCUGAUCAAAGGUGUGCGUAUCACUCCAACAGUGUUGGGCAUGAUACCGAGGAUUGUAUCAACUUGAAGCACAAAAUCCAAGACCUGAUCGAUCAGAAAAUGGUCUCUCUCCAGACAGUCGAGCCUAAUGUCAAUAGUAAUCCUUUGCCGAAUCAUGGAGGCGUCACUAUCAAUAUGAUAGAGACAGAUGACGAUGGUGUGUAA